GAAGUUUGGGUUGCCAGGGCAACGCGGCCUCCGCCUCUGGAUGGACAGAUGGAGCCUCGGCCGGGUGACGCUCCCGCCUCUCCCUUUCCUUGGUUUAUUAUUAUAUAAUAGUUUGGGAAUAGUGAUACUACAGUUGGGUUGCUGUGAGUGUUCCCGGGCUGCCAGCAGCAUUCUCUCCUGACGUUUCGCCUGACUCCAUGGCAGUCAUCCUCAGAGGUUGCGAGGUCUGUCUGGGGUCGAUAUAGACAGAACUCUUGUCUGCCUGAGCUCAAGGCACCCCGGAGGGCCGUGUCCGUCCGGUGGGCUGUAUUUCGGGGAAGGGAUUGGACGCCGGACGCCUUCCUUCCUUCCUUCCUUCCGUGGGAAGCCAUGGCGGCCGCCUCGCAGCUGGACCCGGUCCCGUCGGGGAAGAAGCCCCCCGGCUUUGGCGUGGUGAGCCCGCCCAGGCACGUGGCCCGUCCGAAGUCGGCCAAGGGCCGGACCAGACCGCCGUUGCCGUCCCCUUGUGCGGAGGAGCCCCCCCGCGGGGGUGGCCAGAGCACGCCCGACCCCCGUGUCCUCCCCGUGGGGGUCCCCGCCCUGCUGCGGAGCCCGUCCUCCUUGAACAAGUACCGGGUGCUGCCCUCCAUCGGGAGGAAUAGCGGAGCGGAGCCCGUGGCCGGGGCGGAGAAGGGGGAGCCCGUGGGGGGGGAGCCCCGGCUGCUGCUGGCGGUGCGCUCCCCGUCGGGACGGCGCUUUGAGCGGCACUUCCGCCCCAGCGACAGCCUGGCGACCGUCCUGGCCGUGGCCGCACAGAGGAACUCGUCCACGUACCGCCACCACAUCCUUAGGACGGCGGAGGUGCCCCCCAGGACCUUCCCCGACCUCUCCCGCUCGCUCCAAGAGUGCGGCGUCCCACACAAGUCCCUGCUGUGCAUCCUGCGCCCGGAAGAGCCCUGAGCCGCCCUGCUGCGGCGCAGUCCACGCCUCCGGAGCCACCAGCCAUGCCUUGCCCUUCUCGUGAUUGCCUUCCUUCUUUCACCCUUUCCCCAUCCAAAACCAUUGGGUUGUUGUGUGUUUUCCAGGCUGUGGGAUGCCUGCCAUAGAUGUGGGCGAAACGUCAGGAGAGGAUGCUUCUGGAUCACCCUACAGCCUGGAAGACACACAACCACCCUGCGAUUCCGGCCAUGAAAGCCUUCAAACACAGACGACAGACUAUUGAUAGAUAAUUUAGAUAUAUAGACAUUGUGGAUUGAAUGAUGUUAUAGAAUAUAAUAUAAGAUAAGAUAAGAUUUAUAUACAGUAGAGUCUCACUUAUCCAAGCUAAAUGGGCUGGCAGAAGCUUGGAUAAGCAAAUAUCUUGGAUUAUAAAGACGGAUUGAGGAAAAGCCUAUUAAACAUCAAAUUAGGUUAUGAUUUUACAAAUUAAGCACCAAAACAUCAUGGUAUACAACAAAUUUGACAGAAAAAGUAGUUCAAUACGCAGUCAUGUUAUGCUGUAAUUACUGUAUUUACGAAUUUAGCACCAAAAUAUCACGAUAUAUUGAAAAAAUUGACUACAAAAAUGGCUUGGAUAAUCCAGAAGCUUGGAUAAGCGAGGCUUGGAUUAGUGAGAUUCUACUGUAUAUAUAUAUAUUUAUUAUAUAUUAUAUAUAUAUUAUAUUAUAAAUUGAAUGAUGUUAUAUAAUAUAAGAUUUAUAUAUAUAUAUAUUUAUUAUAUAUUAUAUAUAUAUUAUAUUAUAAAUUGAAUGAUGUUAUAUAAUAUAAUAUAUAUAAAUAUAAUAAUGUUAUAUAUUAUAUAAGACUAUAUAGAUGAUUGAUAGAUUAUUGAUAGAGAUGAUAGUUGAUUAGUAGAUCAUCUAAUCAGCUAUCAUCUCUAUCAUCUAUCAAUCAUCUAUAGUCUCUGAUGAUUGAUAGAUAGAGAUGAUAGUUGAUUUGUAAAUUCAUAGAGAUGAUAGAUGAUUGAUAGAGGAUAGUUGAUUAGUAAAUAAUUCAUAGAUUGAUAAUUCAUAGAUGAUAGUUGAUUGGUAGAUAAUUGAUAGAUGAGAGAUACGUGAUUGAUAGAUGAUUGAUAGUUGAUAAGUAGAUAAUUGAUAGAUGAGAGAUAUGUGAUUGAUAGGUGAUAUAGAUAUAUAGACAUUGUUGAUUGAUAGAGAUGAUAGUUGAUUAAGUACAUAAUUGAUAGAGAUGUUGAUUGAUAGAUGAGUGAUAUAAUUAUUGAUAUAGAUAUAUAGACAUUGUUGAUUGAUAGAUGAUAAGAGAUGAUAGUUGAUUGUGUACAUAAUUGAUAGAUAGAUGACUGAUAGAUGAGUGAUAUAAUUAUUGAUAGGUGAUAUAGAUAUAUAGACAUUGUUGACUGAUAGAUUGAUAGAGAUGAUAGUUGAUUAAGUACAUAAUUGAUAGAUGAUUGAUAGAGAUGAUAGUUGAUUAAGUACAUAAUUGAUAGAUGAUUGAUAGAUGAGUGAUACAGAUUAUUGAUAGGUGAUAUAGAUAUAUAUACAUUGUGGAUUGAUAGAUGAUA